GGAGGGACGCGCGGAGAUGACGCAGGCAGCACCGGAAGCCGCUCCCCUGUGAGGCUGCGGACCGGGAGCGGCGGCCGCCGGUCCAGGCGCCAUGGCUGCGGAGCGGACCCGGCCGCCGCGAGGCUCUGGCGGCCCGAGCGCGCCUAGUUGGUGUGAGCCCGGCGCGAGGUCCCGGGCCCCGGGGCGCUCGCUCAGGUAAAUUUUUCCAUAACCUUAUGGAGAGAAAGGACUUUGAGACAUGGCUUGAUAACAUUUCUGUUACAUUUCUUUCUCUGACGGACUUGCAGAAAAAUGAAACUCUGGAUCACCUGAUUAGUCUGAGUGGGGCAGUCCAGCUCAGACACCUCUCCAAUAACCUGGAGACUCUGCUCAAGCGGGACUUCCUCAAACUCCUUCCCCUGGAGCUCAGUUUUUAUUUGUUAAAAUGGCUUGACCCUCAGACUUUACUCACAUGCUGCCUCGUCUCUAAACAGUGGAAUAAGGUGAUAAGUGCCUGUACGGAGGUGUGGCAGGCCGCCUGUAAGAGUCUGGGCUGGCAGAUAGAUGAUUCCGUUCAGGACGCUUUGCACUGGAAGAAGGUUUAUUUGAAGGCUAUUUUGAGAAUGAAGCAACUGGAGGACCAUGAAGCCUUUGAGACCUCAUCUUUAAUUGGACACAGUGCCAGAGUGUAUGCACUUUACUACAAAGAUGGACUUCUGUGUACAGGGUCAGAUGACUUGUCUGCAAAACUGUGGGAUGUGAGCACAGGGCAAUGUGUUUAUGGCAUCCAGACCCACACUUGUGCUGCGGUGAAGUUUGAUGAGCAGAAGCUUGUGACAGGCUCCUUUGACAACACUGUGGCCUGCUGGGAGUGGAGUUCCGGAGCCAGGACCCAGCACUUCCGGGGGCACACGGGGGCGGUGUUCAGUGUCGACUACAAUGACGAGCUGGACAUCUUGGUGAGUGGCUCUGCAGACUUCACUGUGAAGGUGUGGGCUCUAUCUGCUGGGACCUGCCUGAACACGCUCACCGGGCACACAGAGUGGGUCACCAAGGUGGUCUUGCAGAAGUGCAAAGUCAGGUCUCUCUUGCACAGCCCUGGAGACUACAUCCUCUUAAGUGCAGACAAAUAUGAGAUCAAGAUUUGGCCAAUUGGGAGAGAAAUUAACUGUAAGUGCUUAAAGACGUUGUCUGUCUCUGAAGAUAGAAGUAUCUGCCUGCAGCCAAGACUCCAUUUCGACGGCAAAUACAUCGUCUGUAGCUCGGCGCUGGGCCUCUAUCAGUGGGACUUUGCCAGUUACGAUAUUCUCAGGGUCAUCAAGACUCCUGAGAUAGCAAACCUGGCCUUGCUUGGCUUUGGAGACAUCUUUGCCCUGCUGUUUGACAACCGCUACCUGUAUAUCCUGGACUUGCGGACAGAGAGCCUGAUUAGCCGCUGGCCUCUCCCCGAGUACAGGAAAUCCAAGAGGGGCUCCAGUUUCCUGGCAGGCGAAGCGUCCUGGCUGAACGGACUGGAUGGGCACAACGACACGGGCUUGGUCUUCGCCACCAGCAUGCCCGACCACAGCAUCCACCUGGUGUUGUGGAAGGAACACGGCUGACUUCGGGCGCCGGGGCUGCGGGUUUGGGGUGCAGCCUCUGUGGCAGCCGACUGCAUGAACCAAAGUUCUCGCCUCACGGUAUCGUCGCGCAGUGCACAAUCACGUAUCUCUUUGCCGGGGGCCAGGGCUCGGGGCGGGGGGCUCGUUCUGUUGACACCACAGCACGCUGACGGGGUCACCGUUGGCUUCAUUUGUUCUUAGUUUGUGGGUCAGUGUGAGAGGCUGCAUCUGGGGUUCAUCUUUCUUGAAUAUUGAUUUUAAGUAAAGAAAUUUAAAUGGCUCAUUAAUCUGCUAAUUGGUUGCCUAUAAAAACACAGUCUAUUAUUAAAGCUUUUUACCAUUGCCUUUUUCUCU